CCCUCUGCCUUGUCUUCCAAGGUCGACUUUCAUUUUCAAAGAGACAAGAAUAGCGGAUGCACUGCAGAAUUCCACCGCUGUUCUGUGUGUGUGUGCAUGCUUUUGUGUGUAUGUGUGUCUGAAUGCAUUCUCGUGGAGCGGUGCAGAGCCAAGUGAAGCUUCAGUUUCAGAGGAUGCCUGAAGAUUGCAGACGGACGGCGAGCAGAUGUUUCUCACCAGCAUGGCCGGGAAAGAAGCUUAGUCUGCCGGAGAGGAGAGAGAGCUGCUGCUGUGACUGCUUCUGACCCCACAUUUCCCUCCUUUUCUCUUUUUUCCUCUGUCUCCUCUCUUUUAUUGGAUCUGAUUUUUGUUAGCUGGAUUCCAGAGGGAGCAGCUCUCUUUGGGAAUUUCCUAUUGAAGACACCAUCCAGUGUUCCCUUAGAAAAGGGUCGACAUGCUCUGAGAGCCACUAUUUAAAAUCUGUCUGUGUUUCCUCCUGUCUGUGGUCCUCCCCUCCUCUUCCUCUUCCUCUUCCACCGGCCGGUUCCUCGCAGAGUCCCAGUUCCACCAUGUCCUUGGCGUUCUGUGGGAACGAGAAUAACUCGGUGGCAUACAAUGUGGACGGGGGGGUUCUGAACAACGGCUGUUUCCUGGAUGCGCUCAACGUGGUGCCGCAUGUGUUCCUCCUCUUCAUCACCUUCCCCAUCCUCUUCAUUGGCUGGGCCAGCCAGAGUUCAAAGGUCCACAUCCACCACAGCACCUGGCUGCACUUCCAGGGUCACAACCUGCGCUGGCUGCUCACCUUUGUCCUGCUGUUUAUCCUCGUCUGUGAGUUUGCAGAGGGCAUUGUGUCUGAUGGAUUCAGCCAAUCCCUCCAUCUUCAUCUAUACAUGCCUGCAGCUCUGGCCUUCAUCGCUGGCAUCACCUCUAUUAUCUACUAUCACAACAUCGAGACCUCCAACUUCCCCAAACUACUAUUAGCCCUGCUGAUCUACUGGGUGCUGGCUUUCAUCAUGAAGACCAUCAAGUUUGCCAAGUACACCGAGCAUGGCAUCGGCCCCCGGCAGCUACGCUACUGCAUCACCGGACUGCUAAUGCUGCUGUAUGGACUCCUAUUGGCCGUGGAGGUCAAUGUCAUCCUGGGAAGGCGCUACAUGUGUUACGCUGACCCCACAGAGGUGAAGCCCCCCGAGGACCUCCAGGACCUGGGUGUUCGUUUCCUUCAGCCCUUCGUGAACCUGUUGUCCAAAGCCACCUACUGGUGGAUGAACACUUUUAUUACAGACGCUCACAGGCGACCCAUCGACCUCAAGGUCAUCGGGAAGCUGCCCAUCGCCAUGAGGGCCCUCACCAACUACAUCAAGCUACGCAAGGCCUUCGAGGACCAGAAGCUGUCUAAAGAGACACUGAUCUCUGUCCUGUGA